CGAUAUCUCUCAGGUUGCAAGGGCCAUCGAGUGGAAAUGGUACUGGUCGUGUGGAAGUGUUCUUUGCAGGCAAAUGGGGAACAAUUUGUGGUGAUUAUUGGGAUAGAAAUGAUGCCAUAGUUGUAUGUCGUCAACUCGGUUAUCUGAAUGCUGUAAGAGCUCUCUCGGGGUCUGAUGUUCCUGAUGGUUCUGGACAGAUUUGGUUAGACAAUGUAUUUUGUAAGGGAAGUGAACAAAAUUUAACCUCAUGUGCACAUAGGCGAUGGGGAGACCAUAAUUGCUGGCACCAUCAGGAUGCUGGGAUUGAAUGUUCUUCAACAG